UCAUAUCUUCAACCAACAAGGCCGGACCGCUGGGUUCAAAUCUGUUGCGGAGGAGGAUUCCUGAUGGUAUCCGAACCAACAGAGGAUUGUCUAAUCCGGCUCGUCCUAGUCCCCGUUUCUGUCUUGGUAAGUUACCCGAGAGCAGCUGCAAGGCCGGCCGCCUGUCUCAAUAAGUAGCCUAUUGACUACAAGUCCGGCCGCCGGUCUCAACAACUACUCCAGACAGCAGCUGCAACCUGCAAGGCAGGCCGCCAUGGAGUCAACCUGCAACACCAUCAUGAGAGAUGAAGAUAGCACCAGUGCAAGCGAAAACGAUGACAGAAUCAGCGCGCUGCCCGACCAUCUUCUACUCAAAAUCCUCGAAUAAUGCCUUUACAUGCCCACGGCAGUUCAGACCGGCGUGCUCUCCACACGAUGGAGGCACCUCCCGCAUCAGCUCUCUAAUCUGCAAAUUAAUGCCGAAGACUUUCCAGGCACGGUGGACCAGAUAAUGACUGCGUACACUGAUGCGACAAGGAGAUUUCUAUCUCCUCCGCCUUGUGGAUGCAAUCGGGUCAUCAAGAUCCUGCAGCUCUGCUUCUACCUAGCAGACCCUUACUUGUCCUCCAUCGGUCAUGCCGUCGGGGAUGCUGUGAAGAUCGACGUACCAGAAUACCUCGAGUUUGCGGCGACCGGCCAUGUUGCAUGUCCAAGUGAGGCUGAACUAGUACUGUUCAGACAGUGCUUUAUGUCCUUCUUCCAUGCUUGCCCCGGUCCCUUCAGUUUGCUCACCAAACUGACGCUGCGGAGCCUUUCUUUUGAAGACUCAGAUAUCCCCAAUAUCCUCAACACUUGCAAUAAACUUAAGCUCCUUUCCUUGAGAUCCUGUCAAAUGGGCCAGGACCCUGUCCUCAAGAUAGAUGCUCCAUGCUCGGAGCUCAUAGGACUUGAACGUAUCGACUUUGAGUGUGAACAAGUUGAACUAAUCUCUGCCCCUCAACUCCUGGAAUUGGUCUAUGAUAGUUGGUGCGGUGAAAACCCCCCAGUGUCUUUUGGCUAUGUCCCCCAGCUUGUUAAAUUAUAUUUCGCUUCUCCUGCCCUAUCUUGGCAGACGCCAUUCACAUUGAGCGAGUGCCUAUCUGGUAACAAAAACCUGUCAAUGCUGCAUCUAAAUUUCCGCACUCAAAUGAUUUGGAUUGAACCUGAAGAUCCUCGACAGCUCACUCCUAUAUUCAGUAAACUGAGAGAUGCACAUCUUUACAAUAUCUUUGCAGAGUGCGAUCUGAAUUGGACUAUGUUUAUCCUCGAAGGUGCACCUUCCUUGGAGAACUUUUAUGUAAGUCCGUUAUUUCAGUUCUUCCAGUUAACCCACAUCUUGGCCUGGAUAUAAUUUGUUUGUACGAUAUGUUUCCAUCAGCAAAAAAAAAAAAUCGACAUGUCUGUUUAAGUGUGUGAUAUCCAAAUUUAAAAUACCCAAUAAGAGUAAUGAUGUACGAAUAGGAGAUCUCAUGAAUAUUACAGUAAUGAUGUACAAUCUUGUUUGGAUGCUGCAUAGCGUUUUUUCACAGAUAAUUCCAUGCACGACGCAUAUUUUUUCCUGUGAGGUAUAAUCUCAUGUUGGAUUUCUCCAAGUCCCUAGGGAAUCCUCAAAAAUCAUUCG